AUGCUUUUUCGGGACCUUGUAGAAAAGUACAAUCUAGGCGAGCCGGGCGUGGAUCUGACAUGCGGCUGCGCUGACGUGGUUAACUCUGUGCUAGCGGACGGGGUCGCAUGCGCACGCCUGCAGGACCUCGCGCUCGAUGGGACCUACAACAAGCAGCGCACUACCAUCAAGCCCAUCGGGCUGACCGCCAGGCCGGAGACCGGCUGGUACAAGAUAGUGUGCGUGAUGGGAACCGAGGCAAACGGCGACGCAGACUUCCACUUUGUCAGGCAGGACAUCAUGGACAUGUACGAUCUGUACUCCAUCACUUUGCAUGGCUAUCAUGACUUUAACAGGCCCCAAUCUUGCUUCUGGUUCGGCACGCCGCUCUGGCAGGGGGGCAAGGGCGGCUUCUUCACAACCACCCCCAGCCCCUAUGACGUGCUCGGCAUCCACCCGUUCACCGGGAGCCGUUACGUUGAGUCGAUCUUCACAGACACGUCCCGUGACCCAAGCGCGUACGGCCUGAAAGGCAAUCUAAGGGCUGCCCACUCCUACAUCUCCGGAGCGAAACCGAUCGAUCAGAACGACCCGAAUCUCAAUCGGCCGCGCACGAAUAUCGACCUGCACGUUUCGAGGAUCCCCGAGUAUAUUCUAAGCGGCAAGAACUUCAUCCCCUCGCCUUUCUGGCUCGUUUCUGUGGACCCGUUCGUCGAGGACUGUGCAAACAAGGUGCGCAGGCGCCAGCAGGAACUGUCGCGGAUCUACGAGGGCCGCCCGGGCUACGAGCUGCACAAGAAGACGGUCGAUGACGCGGCCAAGGACUGCAUCGAUAUCUGCAACAAGCGCCGAGGCAUGCCGCCCGUCCACAGCCUGAUUGGCACCUUCAGCGAGAAGCUGGGGUUUGGCACGGGCGCCCUGAACACCGAUGGCGCAUUCAAGCUCAACUUUGACCCCUCCAAGGCCUGCCGUUACAGGGGAGGCGUUCAUUACCAGAGCGUCUGCACAGCUUUCAGCGUCUUGCACAAUCAUGGCGUAACGGCCAUCUCGGCGUUCGAUCGGCCGAGCGGCCGCAAGACAAAGAAUGCUACAAGACAGCACACCGUAGACGGUUUGGAAAUGCAGGACCUGGCCGUUGUUGGUGACAGUGGCCCGCCUCAUUGGGACGGGGACGAGCCCGGUCGCACUCUGGACCACCUCUAG